AUGAAUCAAGAUGUUGGAAAGGAGAAUCUAAACGAGUGGAAUAAUGAUAAUACAGUCGAAAAUAAUAAUCUACUUCAAGCAACUAUGGAGUAUGUUGUAAAACGUCCACCGAAGCCAGCGGGAUGUAGAAUGGGACCAUACUUACAAUUUGUUACCACUGAUUUGGAAAAUAUGUUUUGGAUCGGAAGUAUUGUAAUAUUUCGACAUAUUUCAUAUCGUCGACCAACAAUUGAAUUUACUGCAGAAGUCAAAAUUGCUUAUGAUUGGGAGAUUUUAUACGAAAAUUUGUUAAGUAUACGAGCUUAUCGAAUAAAUCUUAACAUUAAAUUACCAAAUGGCAAUGAUGAUGAAAAUAUCGAUUAA